AAAAAAGAACCACACUUAAAGCGCAUAAUUUCAGUGCUGUUGUUAAAUAUUUAGAUUUAAACGUAAAAAUACCUUCUGAUCGUUGUGGAACCUAAAACUAUGGUUUCGAGUUAUUCUUAUUAGCAGUGAAUUGAAUAUUCGUGAUUCACAAAGAGCACCUACUGUUUAGUUUUACCUAGAGUAUUAGACGGAUUCGCCAGAAUAAAUUGUAACAAGCGAUACCAGUAGGAAAAACGAGAUCAGCAUAGUGAAGCAGAUGCUUGAAAGGAAGAACAAAAUAAUACAAACAAGUGCAGAUACAGUAUUUUUCCCACAGUUAUACAAAAACAAUCAUUACAACAGAUUUCAACAAUAUUUGUCAGGUCGUGUAUUGAAAUCAAAAUUUUCUGUCGCAUUUUUUUUUCUAUGAAAUGGAUUGACAUGUCAACAAAACACGUAUGCGAGUAUCUUGAUUAGUGUAUCAAUACGCAUGCGUUUUAAUUGCCAGGAUGUGGGUAAUAAUCAAAGUGCAAGCUUACUAGGAAGCACCAAUCUUGAAGUUGAAUAUUUGAAGGUAGAGACACAGAUGCUUCGAAUAGUUAUCUUUCAGUGAUUGUUCAAUGGUAUGUGUGUGCUGAACAUUCAGCUGAGACAAAGUUAUAUUUAGUACUGAAAGUACAUCGAAUCACAAUUACGAGAAAAAUGUAGUGCUGUGUAUGUAUGCGUGGAAGAAAACAUAAUGGUACGUGCUAUCUUGUCACGCAUUGAUGUAACGGUAAUAUAGGUUUCCAUGCUAGCAAUUCAAAAAAUAAUUCUGCUGGUAGUGAACGACAGAAAAGUUUACGAAUAACUGUUUUCUCCUCGGCAACCCCUACUCAUGUGCAAAAAGGAACAACAAUAACAGAUUUUGUCCUGUAAUGUAGUUUGAACUCAAAUAAUAUUAUGUAUAAUGUAAUGUUGAGUAUCAAAUAUUGCAUACGAAGAGCAAUAUGAGAAUAUAUCCUGUAGUGCGAAAGUGUAAUUUUAAAAAGAAAAGUUUUUAGUUAUGAUUUAAUGGAAUCAUGCCACAUGAAGCUGAAUCAUCGUCACUAUCGUCAUCGAGUUCGUUACAAGAUAUAAGCUAUUGUUUUGAUAUCAUAACUACAAGUAAAUUGUGAUAGUGUCCAGCCUAACCGGAAGCCCACAGAUUUUUGAGGAUAUAAUGCAAAUAUGGCUAGUAGUGUUUCGCAGCAAGGAGUAGCGAAUUCCGCCGGUUUAAAUGGAAAUCAAAAGAUUUGUGGUGGCCGCUAUGAUUUUGAGGACGGUGGCACAUUCUGUGGCGGAUGGGAGGAUAAUAAAGCACAUGGUCACGGCGUUUGUACCGGUCCAAAAAAUCAAGGUGCUUACUUCGGAGCUUGGCAUUAUGGUUUCGAGGUUUCGGGGGUUUAUAUAUGGCCAAGUGGAUCUUCAUAUGAAGGGCAUUGGCAAAAUGGAAAAAGACAUGGCCUUGGUGUUGAAACCAGAGGAAGGUGGAUAUACAGAGGAGAAUGGACACAAGGUUUUAAAGGGCGGUAUGGUGUGAGGCAAAGUAUAUCGUCUACUGCCAGAUAUGAAGGUACAUGGGCAAACGGCCUUCAAGACGGAUACGGGUCUGAAACAUACGCUGAUGGAGGAAGCUAUCAAGGUCAAUGGUUGCGGGGUAUGCGUCACGGGUAUGGUGUACGAACAUCGGCUCCUUUUGGUAUGGCAGCUCGUUUUAGAACAAAAAAUAUCAGAGUCUCAAUGACAUCAAUUAGGAGCAAUGACGGCAAUAGCAAUCAAAUUGUUUCUUCAGAUGCAGCUGAGAAGCGCAAUCACAGAAUAGAUGAUGCCCGAGGCGGGUUUGUCUUGAAAGCUAGAUCCGAUGAACCACCUGCUAGACGAAAUAGUUUAGUGGAAAAGACAAAGAAAGGAUUAUUAUCCGGCCUUAAAAUAAGAAAACAGCGGAGUACUGGUGAUUUGGAAAAACGUGGAGCAGGAUCAGGGAGUAUUCGAUCAACUGCUUCCAUCGCAUCAUGGCUGAGUACGGAGUCCUCGCAGUCAGGAAUGACCAACAAUAGAUCAAUGCAUACAGAUUCCAAUGCUAGUUUUAUCGUAGAAGACGAACAACUUGAUGGGAGUGUGACUGAAACUUAUAUGGGUGAAUGGAAGAAUGAUAAGAGAUGUGGUUACGGUAUUUCUGAAAGAAGCGAUGGGUUGAAGUACGAAGGUGAAUGGUUUUCUAAUAAAAAAUAUGGGUAUGGUGUUACCACAUUCAAAGAUGGAACAAAGGAAGAGGGAAAAUACAAAAAUAAUGUACUUAUAACUAGUCAAAAGAAGCGGCAUCUGUUUCUUAUUCGAUCUGCCAAGUUUAGAGAAAGAAUUGAUGCUGCGAUAGAUUCAGCUCAACGUGCUUCGAAGUAUGCUUUGCAAAAAGCUGAUAUAGCUAUUUCUAGAACAGCAACAGCUCGUGGCAAAGCUGAACUGGCUGAUGUUGCUGCAGAUCAAGCUCGUGAAGAUUCGGAUAUUUCCAUACAAAUGGCAAAAGAAUUCGCUCCAGACUUCAAGCCGCAAUUGCUGGAUCGUUUUGAACGGUUAAAACGAGAUCGUUGUAGGCUGGAUUAUACCAUAAAGGCAACACCGAUAGAACCAUCAAAACCUAAAACCGGAGAAAAUAUAUCGAAACAACAUCAAUUCAACCAGGUGCCUACAGGGUCAUCACUGCAACCACAAAUACAGCAAUCAAAUUUUAAUCACGAUAUUAGCAGUGAUUUUUAUGACAACGGGUACCCUAGUUCACAACAGCCAAUAUCGAGUUUAAAUGCGCCAAUCAAACCAAGUACUAGGAAGUCAUCCCAAACGCUUGAACGAAACAAUCAACAGAGCAGUGCAAAUAUAUCAAAUAUUGCGAAUAAUGUACAAAGCACUCUCAUGACACCCAGUAAGUUAGUAAUGCAAGCCGAAAUAUUGAGUAAUCAACAGAGACAACUUGAUUCGAAUUAUUCUGAUAGGCAGAAUUUUCAACAGUUAGAAUUAGAAAGAUAUCAACACGAAAACAUCACGCGAAAUUCCAUUCAGACUUCUAGUUUAGCAAAGCCGGCGGUCACGCUAAGUCAGAGUAAUCAAACCUCUAUUGAUUAUUUUGAUCAUUACAAACGACCUCCUAGCAGAGACGGUUCGGUAGAUCGAUAUUCAAGAGCCGCAAGUAGGUUAGGUGGGACUCAAUCGAGACAAUCUUCAGUAGAUAGAACUGGUCAAUAUUAUGCUAAUCAAGCUAAUGCGAAUGACACUGUACCGGAUCGAUCAAUUCGAGCAGGUUCGCAGAUACGAGGUGUUACCCUUACGCAGAAUGUUUCUCAAAAUAAUAGCUCAAUGCAUACUGGAAAUGGAGUGGGUCUAAUAUCUCAAACUAGAGCUGCGAGUCCUUUUCAUCAACCAUCAAGUGAUUCGAAUCGUAACCAACCGUUUGAAGAAGUUCUUUUACGACAGCGAACCCUUGGUCAAGAUAUUAUUCCAUCCCUGUCACAGCCAAAGCGAACCGAGAGUUUGUAUCUUUCCAAAUCAGGUGGUUUACAAAACGAAUCAGUUGGAGCUGUUGGCGUCAGUAUCGCCAUGAGUAAAGGUGGUCGUGGUGCUUUAGGUGCUGGUAGUGGAAAUGGAAUGUUGAGAGCACCGAAGAUUUUUGUCGUGAAAUUUCACGAUUCCGACCAUAGUGUGCCCCAUGGAUGGUGCCGGUGUUGUUCAGUUUAGGUGUGCGAAAUGAGGAGGCGAUCAUCAGGGCUCUGACCGACAGUGCCCAAAAAAGGGAUAGCUUCAAGCAUAUCC